AUGUCCAGGCCACUCUCCCCAGCUGCCUUCACACCACUCAACCAGGCCACUAUCCAGGAUUCCAAGAUGGACGAUCUAUGGGAAGUAUCCGACGUGGUCGGUCGGCGAUUCUGCGGCGAUACCGUACAGUAUCUCGUGGAAUGGUGCCCUACCCAUGUCAUCUUCAGCGAGCUUCAGGAAUUUUUAUACUUCAAGAUCGAUGGUCAAACCUUGUACCAAAGUGUCUCUGGACGUAUCCAUGCAUGCUCGUCCCCAGGCCAUCAGCCAGCUACUGAUAUGGACCAAAAGCCGAAUGCAGCUUUGGGCGGAACUUCUGGGACCGCUGUUGCUGGCUCAACUCGACAGGUCUACACCUUGCCUCACCAUGGGGCUACUGGAGGAACCAUGACAUAUCCAGCUGUCAAAGGCAGACACAGUCCGGCGCAGUGCCUAAAGGUAAAAUGGCAGCGUUCCUGGAUUCCAGAGGAGGAGACGUCCUUCAUCAAGGAACUGGUCAACAAGUUUCUGAACGACUUCAUACAAGACAGCUUUAAUGGUCUUCGUAUGGAUCCCGACAACGACAAUCCAAUGAUCUCCUUCGGCAAAGGCUUCAGAUAUCGAUGGCGUGCAGAGUCAUGUGAUGCUUUGGACGGCCCAACCAAUGAACAAGGUGUCGUGCUCAGCUGGGAGUCCAUAGUCCGACUGAAUGGCGCACUGUGA